AUAUGGGCGGGUCGCUAAAUAAAUAACGGGUAAAAAACAUAACUAAGGAAAAUCUGUGUGAAACAGCUGGGAAAAGUGUGAACGUGUGGGAAAAAACGUGUGAGGAAGAAGAUGUAGAAAUCUGAACGUGUGUGUUUGUGGCUUUUGUAUAGUUUUCGCUUUAUAAGUGAAGAAGAAAAGGCGUAUAAAGCUGAAGUUUGUCUUCAUCCUGAUUAUAAACAUCAUCCUGUUUCUUCUUCAGUCUGAAAGGUAGUUGCAAGUGGUCAUGGGGAAUUUUAAAGGCCAUGCGCUACCCGGCAGCUUGUUUCUGAUCGGCGGCAUGUGGUGGGCGGUGAAGUACUCGCUGUGGUACGCCACCCGCAGGAACAAGAGCGCCGGUGCAGCCAGACUCACGACACGAGCCGCUCAGCACCGCCUCGAGAUCAUUGAAGGAGCCGCGAUACUCUUCUUUUCUGUUGUCGGAAUGCUAGCAGAACAGUUCACAGUUGAUGGACCGAAGCUCCACCUGUACAACUCGUCCACUCAGCACUGGGACAAACUGAUGAACUGGCAGCACACAACCAUGUACCUGUUCUUCGGCCUGGCCGGAGCCACGUCCCUCACCGUCCACAGCACGAGUGCAGCUCCUCUGGCUUUAGAUCGCUUACUGCUGGGACUCGCUUUCUUCAACGAAGGAUUCUUGUUCCUCUAUCACCUCCAUGGCAGAGACAUGCUGGACGUCCACGUGCACAUGCUCCUGCUGUACGCCGUGUUCGGAGGAGCGCUCGUCUGCCUGCUGGAGGUCUUCCACAGAGGAAACGUCCUGCUGGAGCUGUUACGAGCUGCACUCUGUCUGCUGCAGGGCAGCUGGUUCUGGCAGAUUGCCUUUGUGCUCUACCCCCCCAGCGAGGUGAAGUGGGAUCAGUUGGAUCACAACAACAUGAUGUUCAUCACCAUGUGUUACAGCUGGCACUUGGCCUUCGCUCUCAUCGUUGUGGCUGUAACACACACCAGUGUUACAUGCGUGAUACGAUCCAAACUCAGGAGGAUGCCGCCGAUGGAGAUGGGUUUGCUGAAACCACAGGAAAGAGACGCAGACUCUGAAGAUGAGGUUUUAUAAGUAUUUAUCACCAACCUGCUGAGUUUUUACAAAGAACACAUGCUGGAGAAUCGACUGGGAUCAGAACCAGUACCAUCAAAGCCAGUGGCAGGGACAGAGCUGACUGCACUGAGAGGCUGAGUGGGUCGGGCUGAGUGUGGACCACAAGGACUUAUCUUCAGCUGCCAUUACAUUAUAUCUGGUCUCUCUCACUCUCUCUCUCUCUCUCUCUCUCUCUCUCUCUCUCUCUCUCUCUCACACACACACUCUCUCUCUCUCUCUCUCUCACACACACUCUCUCUCUCUCUCUCUCUCUCUCUCUC